CUUUUUUUUUUUUUUAUUUCUUCCUCACUUUAUAUACUUUUUUCAAUUACUACCUCAUGGCAAAACGUUGUUGCUGUAUAAUCCCGCUAAGACCUGCAACGCUUCUUAUUAGUCUUGGCGUCGUCUUAGUCGCCAUUGCUCUGCUGGGGCUCACAUUUACACAUAAAAAUCCCAUGGUUAUGCAUUUGUCCGUGGUGCAUGCCGUACUUCCCUGGGUCUAUAUUAUCGUGUGCGCUGUGUCUGCCGUAGUCGGUCUUUACGGUAUCUUGGCAUCCGCAGUGGGCAAACUCGGCUUCAUCCGAUUAUAUAAACUUCUAUUCUGGCUUCUUACGUUCUUGGUGGUCAUCUGGCAAGCCGUGAUCUUUGUAUUAGCAUUGGUCAACCGAUCCAAGACCCUCGAUGCAUGCCAACAAAGCAAUCCUGAUCAAAAUCAAACCUCUUCUGAAGGCGACAAAACGGUGUCUGUAGGAGGGUAUUCCAGCACCUUUUUGGGAAUGCAAAUGGGCGAUACGUAUGGCUUAGCCAACUGCGGUCAGGCCGUUCAAGCCGGUGUUAUCGGUAUCGCUAUUCUUUUAUUCGUCGGAGGCAUCGCCAUGUUCUACUUUGCCACCGUGAUCGGAUCUUACGCUAGAACGCUACGCGAACGCAGUCUUGGUCAUCGCCUUCGAGAUGCGGAAUGGGAUGACAAUCUCGAUGAUCUGGCAGCUACCUAUCGAGCCGAUGCUCGCAACGCGCCUAAAUACCCUUUGAAAAACCUUAAUCAGAAAGAUUCAGGCAACAAAUUUACCAAAGGGUUAAAGAAAUUCGGCCUCAAAAAGUAGAGUUUCUUUCUGCUUUUCCUUUGAUCCUCCUCUCCAUGUCUUAUCACACUCCUUUCUUUUUACUUUUUUUUUCUCCCAUCCAUGUUUUAUAUUGCUUUUCCCUGGUGAGAACAAUAAAAAGUGAAUUAUACAUGUAUAAAACAGA